CAAAAAUAUCUAAAAUUUUUUUAAAUAUUUUUUAAUACAUAUAUUUAUGAUUUAAAGUUUUUCUUAUAAGACUAAUUAUACGAUUAUACUUUUAAAUUUGUGUAUAUCUGGAAUCGAUGUAAUUAAAUCGAUUUUGUUUUCUGCAUAUUUCACUUUUAUUAUCAUGUACAUAACCUCUCUCUGUUACCAUUUGACAAGAAUUGUGAAUUAGUUUAAAAUUGGUUGAAUUAAAAUUCUUUUUUUUUUUGGUAAUAUAUUAUAAUGUCAGAAAAUAAAGAAAAAGAAGAAGAAAAACCUGUUGUUGCAAAGACAGCAAUUGAUUUGCAACGCUUAAAACUUCAAAAAUUAAUGAAAAAUCCGGAAAAGCCUAUCAUAUUACCAGAACGGCCUAAAGCUAAAAGUACACCUACAGUACCAGAAUUUGUUCGUAAUGUAAUGGGUAGCAGUGCUGGUGCUGGUAGUGGAGAAUUUCACGUAUACAGACAUUUAAGGCGUAAAGAAUAUGCAAGGCAAAAAUUUAUUCAAGAAAAAGGUCACAAGGAGCUUUUAGAUGAAGAAUACCACAGAAAGAUUGAAGAAAAUAAAAGAAUAGCUGAGGAAAUAACUGCAAAGAAAAGAGCAAAAAGAUUAAAGAAAAAACAGAAAUGGAAACAAAAUAAAAAGAUGAAGACUGGAAAUGUAGAACAGCAUAACAAAAGUGCAAAUGCUGAUUCAGAUGAAGAAAGUUUAGAUGAAGAAGAGACAGGAGAUAAAAAUGAUAAUGAGGCCCAAAAUAUAUCUAGUAAUGAAGUUAAAGAUACAAGUUCUAUAAAUUUAGAUGAGAAUCAGUCUAAACAAUCGAAUACUCUUGUAAAUACAUAAAUAAGAAUGAAGUUAAUGGUGCAGGAAAUAUGUGUAAAUAUGAACAAUUCAAUUUCUUAGCAAAGAUAAAUAAGAUUGAAAUUAAGACGCCAUGUAAUAAAAAUAUAUUAUUAUAUAUAUAAAUUUUAUUUUUAAAAAAAUUCAAAGAACAUAUUUGUUAAAUAAAUUUAAUCUGCGCUUUAAUA